AUGUCAAACAACUUGAUUCCCCAGCCCAUGUUCGGGAGGACGAUGCUCGAAUCCGACAAGGUCGGCCCAGAGGAUGAUUUGGCCGUCGAUGGGGAUGGGGUUCAGGCCCGGCUGCCACAUGAGCCUCACGACCUUGAAAUCAGCGGAGGAAGAAGAGUAGCCGAACCCGAAGGAGGCCCUCCGGGCCGGCCCGCAGUCCUCCGGCGGCGGGGGGAUCUGCUUAGAGAGGCGGAGGGCGGGGUUCCAGAGGACGAGUUUCUGGUCGGAGGCGAGGCAGAUCAGGCCGUGGCAGGAGCCGAUGAUAUCGAAGGGGGAUUUUGUGUGGGAGAAGGGAUGGCGGAUGGCAGCCGGAGUUUUGGGGGUGCGGUGGAGGUUGAGGAGGGGGAUGGAGCUGGUGGUGGGGCGGAAGCGGCGGCGGUUGGUAUCGAAGGGGUAUUCGAUGUGGAGGAAGAAGGACUCGUUCUUGGGGUCGGAGAAGAGGUGGGCGUGGUGGGAGUCGAUGAAUUGGGGCGAGGAGAAGAGGCGGAGCCAGGACUUGCAGACGGAUUUGAAGCGGGCGAGGGGUUUUACGGGGAGGCGCGUGAGGAUGGACGCCAUGAUAUCCUCCGGGAAAACGCAGUCGGCGGUGGCGGUGGCGGCGGCGGCCAUUUUGAGGCCGAUUGUGUUGUCGUGAAAAGAGGCGAAAAUGUGGAGGAAGGCUGGCUGACUGCGGGGAUAGGACGUCUCCUAGAGGGAUACAGGCUCGAACGGCUGGACAUCGGGCCGGAACAUUUCAUAAGAGAUUCACUUCACUGUAAUGCACCAGAAUACAUCAAAAUCAGCCUCAGUUCAAUAGUUCCUUAUGGGACAAUUAAUCAACCAAAGGCUACAGUAAAGCACUGGCUGUGUGCGAGAAUUGGGUAUUAA